AUGGAGACCCUCCAGCUGGCCCAGAUGCUGGCCGACCUGAGCAGUCUUAAUGCGACUGAACCCCCCGCCGCAUCUUCCCUCUUGAACGCAAGCAAGAAGAUCGACACUGCCAUAGAGAAGAUCGAGAUCGAGCAAAAGGACCAGCCGAAGCAGGAAGGCCGACCCGGAAUGAAGAGAGCCGCCUCAGCUAUCAGCUCCACAGGAACUGGAGGCAAGUUUGACAAAUUCAACCGUCAUCUCCUUGGCAGCCAGUCUCCUUCCCGACCUAGUUCGGCCGCAGCCACGUGUCCUGCGACCCCUAUAGGACCUCUCGAUAUUGAAGACGAUGUCGAUAAAGCCUCUAUGCUCAUGGCCCUCCACGAGAUUCGAGCCAAGCUCAGGCAGCAAGAUAAUACCAGCCUCAUGAGGGCGAGAGAGAAGAUCGAUGCUUUGGCUGCUCGCCAGCAGGCCCGAGAGGCGGCUGAGCUGGCCAAGUCGAAGGAUGAGUCUCGCAAGGCCCGAUACCAUUAUCCCCGUUAA